AUGCCGCUUCAUGGGAAGGGCAGCAGUGGUGGGGAAGGGAGGGGGACAGCGGAAGGAGAAGCGGAAUCCCUUGGUGGAAAUGGCGGUUGUGUGGGGAAGGCAGUGGUGCAGGUGCAAGGGGAGGGUAGUGUUGGUAGAGGUGGGAGAAAGGAGCGAGAAGAGGAGAGAGAAGAAGAGAGAGAAGAGGAGGGAGAAGAAGAGAGACUAGAAGGGGGAGAGGAGGAGGAAAAAGAGGAUGCAGGAGAGGAGGAAGAGGAGGGAGAGAAGGAGGGAGAAGUGGGGGGAGAGGAGGAGGUAGAAGAGGAGGAAGAACCCUCUCCUCUCUGGCCUAGGGGCGAUGUGUUUGUGGGGAGAGGGGAGGUGAUUGAGUGUGACGGAGAGGAGGAUGAUGCUGCAGCUGGGCAAGAGGAGCACAUAAGCUUUCAGGAAGGGCGGAAGAGGAAAAGGCAUGGAGGAGGAGGUGUUGAGAGGGAAGGGGUUGGUUGCGGGAAAAUCAACCUGAAAUGCCACCCGAAGGAGCAGAAGAGGUAUCUGGCUAGGAAAGUGCAUCGUUUUGUAGGGAGGAGAGGCCGCCGAGACAACCUGAGGAAACACCUGAAGGCAACAGAGAAGGAGCACCUAAGGCAGGAGGACAUUCUCUUGAAGGAGGAGGAUCACCUGAGGCAACAGGCAGAACACUUGAAGCAACAGAAAGAACAUCUGGAGCAGAAAGAAUACUUUCUGAAGCAGCAGAAGGAGGAGCAGGAGGCGCACGUGAAACAGAAAGAGUUGCUUCUGAUAGAACAAAAGGAACAGCAGGAGACGCACAGGGGGCAGCAGGAGGCGCUCCUGAGGCAGCAGGAGGAGCAGUUGAAGCAGAAAGAGUUGUUCCUGAGGGAACAGAAGGAGCAGCAAGAGGCGCACUUGAAGCAGAAAGAGUUGCUGCUGAGGGAACAGAAUGAGCAGCAGGAGACGCACAGGGGGCAGCAGGAGGAGCUGCUGAGGCAGCAGGAAGAGCACCUGAAGCAGCAGAGCGAGCACCUGAGCGAUCAGAAAAACCUCCUGAAGCGCAAAAGGCAGCACCAGGAGCUUCAGGGGAGACACACUCGGAUUCGGGAAGAAGAGGAGGGGGAGAAGGCAGAGGGGGAGGAGGGGGAGGAGGGGGAGGAGGGGGAGGAGGGGGAGGAGGGGGAGGAAGGGGAGUGUGUGAAGGAUGAGGUUGGAGAGAGGAUGGCGAUAAUAGUUUUAGAGGAUGGGGCAGGGUUGUCGGGGAGUGAAUGUUAA